AUGGCGGACGAUAUGGCUGGUCGCUACCAGAUGCUGGAGGAGCUGGGGAGCGGUAGUUUUGGAACCGUCUACAAGGCGAUCGACCGCGCGACUGGAGAGAUCGUGGCUAUCAAGCAUAUUGACUUGGAAUCGAGCGAAGAUGAUAUCCAGGAGAUUCAGCAGGAAAUCUCGGUGCUGGCGACGUGCGCCAGUCCCUACGUGACGCAGUACAAGGCCAGUUUCCUGCGAGGGCACAAGCUGUGGAUUGUGAUGGAAUACCUGGGGGGAGGUUCUUGUCUGGAUCUGCUCAAGCCAGGAGUCUUCAAUGAGGCGCACGUCGCCAUCAUUUGCCAGCAGCUGCUCCAGGGCCUCGACUACCUGCACAGCGAAGGGAAGAUCCACCGCGACAUCAAGGCCGCCAACGUGCUGCUGUCGCAUCUGGGAAAAGUCAAGCUGGCGGACUUUGGCGUCGCCGCCCAGCUCACAAACAUCAAGUCCCAGCGGAACACCUUUGUCGGCACGCCAUUCUGGAUGGCCCCCGAAGUCAUCCAGCAGGCUGGCUACGACUUCAAGGCCGACAUCUGGUCCCUCGGCAUCACCGCCAUCGAGAUGAUCAACGGCGAGCCCCCGCACGCCAGUACCCAUCCCAUGAAGGUCCUCUUCCUCAUCCCCAAGAACCCCGCCCCGCGUCUCGAGGGCGACGAGUACAGCCAGACCUUCCGCGACUUUAUCUCGCAGUGCCUCAUCAAAGACCCCGACCGUCGCCCCUCGGCCAAGGAGCUCUUGCGCCACAAGUUCAUUCGUAACGCCGGCAAGACUGAGGCCCUACAGGAGCUAAUCCAGCGCAAACAGGACUGGGAUGGGGGUCGGGGCAUGACGGAGAAUGUCAAAUACUACGCCGAGUCAUUAAACACCAUCACCAAACUCGACGACGACGACGGAUGGGUCUUCGACACCGUCAAGGCCCCCCCCAUGCACAUUGCCGCCGACCCGGAGGACCGGGAGAACGAGCUAGACGAUUUCGACUACAUGGACGAGCCGACCGAGCUGAUGGAAAACAUGCACGUUUCUCACCUGUCCUCGACCCCGAAACACGUUCAGAACCCGACCGUCCGCCGCAACCCCCCGGUGGCCGUCGAACGGAGCCCCUCGGUGAAACGAGGCAACAAUAUCAACAACAACCACAACAAGAAGCGCCGGUCAAGCGGCGUGAAGCAGCCGUUAGGGCUGAACCUCAGCUUUGGCAACAGCCCGUCCACCGUCCGCCAGUUCCGGCGUGUGUCUGAUAAAGAGGCCUCCCCGUCGUAUGCCCCGCGGUACCCGCCGGGGAUCGACGAGAAUGUGAGCCAGAAGAGCAUGCACCCGUCCGAGUCGAACAGCAAAGAGGCGCAGCUCGGCCGGCGCGCCUAUAGCAAGGCUGUCGGGCUGGCCUGUCAGGAGGUGCUGGGCACCACGGGUGACCAGGAGAAGCGCGAGGCCAUCUCGCGGCUGGCGGAGGCCUGGAGCGACCUGGAAAUGGUUGACCCGGAGGGCCUCUACCAUAUUGUCCGCACGAUGACGGAGAAGCUUCAUGGGGACUCGAGACUCGCCGGGCUCGUCUCACCACCUCCUCCACCAGAAUCCCCCCAGAAGCCGAAGCUGGUACUGGCACAAAACAACCCACAUCUCAAAAGCCACCGUCGCCGGCAGUCGGCUGCGCAAGCCACCGAGGCCAGCUGGCACAGCGCCAACGCCCAGCUGGCCAACCUGCCCGGCCAGCAGGUGAUGGGAAUGGAACACACAAAGCAGUUGGCCGAUGUACUGUAUGACCGCUGGUCCGAGGGACUGCGUAACCGUUGGCCGGGUCUUUAA